AUGGCGACCAAUCCGCUCAGCACAGAGAGCAUUCUCAAGCACAUGGCAGAUGCUGUCCCCACGCAUACCAAAGGAGACACCGGAUCCGACUUCAGCAGCUCAUACGAAGCCAUCGCACUGUUCGCCCACGCAUGUAUGACGGCGGUUGGAUUCCGACUUCUAGGCUACGGCGAAGGACAGAAGAAUGAAGCAGAGAGCCAGAAGCUCGCACCUCGCCUCUCAGAAAAAUGGAACUCUUCCGUCAACUCCUACUCUUUCCUCUACGCGCACUCGCAAUCAUCGAUGGAAUACGUCAUCAAAGUCGACAGACUAGGAGGCAAAGCUGAGAUCAGAGGAAUUGGCUUAGGCGAUGAGCGCAUUACCAGACUCGAGAUCACCGCCAAAGACUAUAUAUCUAACGCCGCUCUGCCCCUCCGCAUAACUCUCACCCCAGAUGGCGAGGAGGACAGAUCAGAUCUACCAGACAAGCUGAAAGCCAUCUUCACCACGCCCCACCGAAUCCAGGACCUCGCCUCGGAAUUCAAAACAAUCAUCAUCCAGAAACUGAUCCCAAAUCUCCACAAAGAAGGCUACGAGGAGUCCUCCGCCGCUGCGCGAGAUGCCCACGAUGAGCGCGAAGAAGCCCAAGCAAGACGAAAUCAACGUCAAGAUCCCCUCCGCGACCCUGGACUCCCCGAACCCGCUCGCCCCUACCCCUUCAACGACCCACUGGCCGCUCCACGCCAUCCCCCCAUCCCGGCAGGCGAUUUCCCACCCCCGGGAUUCGACGACGAGCUCGACAUGAACCGUCCCCUCCGCGGGAUGGCGCCUCCGUUCCCUGGCGCAGGAUCGCCGUUUGGAAUUGGACAUGAUGAUUUGAACCCGCCUGGUCUUGGGCCGAGAGAUCCGCUACGGGGGAGCUUCGUGGGUGGUGGGGUUGGGGGAUUUGGUGGUGGGAUGCAUCCUACUUUUGAUGAUCCGCUGUUCGGGGGCCAGGGACAGGGGAGGGGAGGAAAUGGAAGGGCACCGCCGGGAGCGAGGUAUGACCCGUUAGGACCGGGAGAUGGGCCGCAGAGGGGUGGUGGGGGCAGACCGCCGAAUCCAUUUGGGGGCUUUGGGGGGAAUGAUUUUAUUUGA